CCCAGACCGCAGUCGCACAGCAGCAGAAAGGCCAGGGAGAAGAGAGCCUCCCGCUCCCGCAUCCGCACCGCGCCGCUGUGGAGAGGGAGAAGAGGGGGGAGGAAGGAAGAGACGCGAGGAGGAAGAAGAAGAAGAAGCAGCAGCAGCAGGCAAAACAGCAGCAGAAGCCCCCGUCCCAUCACCCCCCUCCAUCCAAGCGAUUUCACUUAUUAGCUACCGAGAAGCGGAGGAGGUGACCGCAAUUCGCCCCCGCCCGCCGACCGAUUCCAUCGCUACCCGCCGUCCCUUCCCUCCUCUCUAGGGUUGUCUUGUGGGUGCGCCUGUGCUUCCCACCCUAGGGGCAGGUCCAGGGCCGGGCCGCCUCCUCGCUCCUUCCCGCCCCCGCUGCUCUCUUCUCUGCUGCUAGGGUUAGGUUAGGGUUCGACGCUGGGGGGAGGGGCAUCCUUCUCCCUCGCCGCCGCCGCCGCCGCCAAUGCCUCCCGGCGGUAGGCGCGGCGCCAAGCAGCGCCCCAAGUGGACCAGGGAACCCCAGCUGGGUGACCUCGUCCUCGCCAAGAUCAAGGGGUACCCGCCCUGGCCAGCUAAGAUCAGCAGGCCCGAGGACUGGCAGCAUAAGCCAACGCCCAAAAAGUUUUUCGUCUACUUCUACGGCACUGAAGAGAUUGCUUUUGUACCCCUGGCAGAUCUUGAGGAAUUUACUGAGAAGACAAAGAAUGAUCUGUUAGAUCGAGCUCCAAAUAUUAAAGUUCAAAGGAAAUAUGUUCAAGUAUUUAAUGAUGCUGUUGAGCAGAUCUGCAAGGCCUAUGAUGAGCUGCCAAAAACAUCUGAAGCUGCAAAUGGAGCAUUGCCUGAUCGGUGUGAAAAGACUACAGAGCACCUUGUGAGGUCACCUGAUGUUGGUGAGACUCCAGGAUUGGGACAAAUGGAAGGUGUAAGCCCUACUGAUUACUCAAAUACUUCAGGGCAAGGGUCAGGGACUGAGGAGGAUGUCAAAGAUGGUGGUCAUGAAAUAGGGGAUCAUUCUUUAACAGUUCCUCAAAAGAAAACGUCUUUACUACAGGAUCCUAAGCAUCCCAAGACAAACAAGUCUGCCGCAUCCAAGUCUGUUCUUGACAUGUACACAGAACAGGAGCAUUCACCAACAUCUGCGCACACAGAAAGGGAGACUGAACAGGUAAAAGUUGAAAAAGAGAGCCGUUCCCUAGAAGGUUUUGUUUUGGAACCUAACUUGGAGGUGGUUUGCGCCCUUGAAGCGCCAAAGAAAUCUAAAUCCAACAAGCUGUUGAGGGAUGCUUUAAGGAAGGAAAACAAGCAUGCUGGUAUUGGUAGUCCUACUGGAAGGAUUGCUGCUGAGGCUGCAUCUGAUGUUGUAUUAAACAUAAGUGCUGGCAAAGAGAGCAGAGAAUUUAAGAAGUCAAAAAUCAUGACAAAACAAUCACUGAAAACUGAUUCAGAGAAAAGGGAUUAUGAUAAAACUGUGCAUGGCAAGCCUGACAAGCAGUUGACUGGAAAAUCAUCUGCAGGGGCAGGGUUUUCUUCCAAUAAGAAAUCUCUGCCAGGUAUCGGACAGCACAAGAUGGACAGUAGUGCUGAUACACGUCCAGCAAAGAAGCCAAGACUUCUGGACAGGGCUGGUGAAACAGAUAAGACAGUUGCCAAGAGUGAGACGAAGUUAAACCUAAAUUAUGAAAAGCAUAAUGCUAUGAAACAUGAGCGAUCUACCGCUAUGGAAACUGGUAAAAACACAAUUCUUAAGACUGGUACCAGUGAUGAUAGGGCACGGAGAUCAGGUGGUGUUGUAUCACCCAUAUCAAGGCUUCAUUCUGAGGUCAUGGAACCAGCAUCUGGUUCUGUAACUCAGUUAGGUGUUGCUGAUUCUGUUAAAAAGGGUUCCAGCAUGAAGGAGGAUGCCUUGCGUGUCGAUAGGCAAUUGGUGAAACCUAAGAGAAGAGCAUGUCGUUUUGAUGAUGAUGAGGAUGAAGGACAGCGGACACCACUUCAUAGAACUUCUUCCAAAUCUAUCGGGGAAAUUCAUAGAACUUCUGCCAAAUCUAUCGAGCGUGUCCCAAGUGAGAAAGCAGGUACUCGGGGAAAUUUUUCUUCACAUGUUGGUAAUGCUCCUGGAAAAAAAUCAGGCCCUGCAAGAGAAGAGAAAUCAAGGAAUGUUAGGAUGUCACCUGUGAAGAAUGAGCCAGUUUUUUCUUCACCGAGUCAGGAUAAAGUGCAUGCUAGACACCAGGUAACGGGGAGAAGACUAACCACAGGGUCAGUUGAGACUCCUGCUGUCAUUGGUAACAAAAUGAACCUGGUUGAUUGCAAAUCCUCUGCUCAAGUAAAAAUGCCGGCAUCCUCUGAGUUGAAGAAACUUCAUAGUAGUUCUUCUAAACCAUUGCACCUAACAUCUGGGAACUCCCAUUCCCGAAACCAUCCUGCCCCAGAAAAGAUCACCUUGCUGCCCAAAUCAGAAGAAACAAAGGCUAAAUCUAAGCCAGCUACGUCUGUUGAGCAUAAGGUGGGCAUCACUUUGUCAACUGAACGGACUGGGAAGCGGGAUCACUUGAAAGAGGAAAGAUCCAGUUCUGUUGAUAAAGCAACUUCUUCUGAACCUAACCCUGACUCGGCCAAGUCAAUAAAACAUCUUAUUGCAGCUGCCCAAGCAAGGAGGAAUCUUAUGGCUUCUGCUCAUGCAAAAUUUGAUGGGUCUUCAACUGAUAAUGCUGCUAUUACCUCCACACCAUAUGGUUUGCCAGGACUAAGCCCUAAUCCUGUUUUCCGCAUUCCAUCCCCACCCAGAAUUGCUUUUCCCGAGAGUCCUGGUCAACGUAUUCUGAAAAGCCCAAUGGAGCUUGACAAUGGUCAUGGAAAGAGUCCCAAAUCUAGGCAGGCCAGUGGUUCACCUGGUGGUGGUACUGAUGCAGCAAUUGCUCGUGAUGCUUUGGAGGGAAUGAUAGAGACUUUAUCGAGGACAAAGGAUAGUAUAGGACGUGCAACACGCCUUGCAAUUGAGUGCUCUAAAUAUGGCAUUGCUGGAGAGAUUGUCGAGCUUCUCAUACAGAAAUUGGAGAGCGAGCCUAAUUUGCAUCGCAGAAUUGACCUCCUUUUUCUUGUGGAUUCCAUAACACAGUGUUCUCAUUCUCAGAGAGGAGUUGCUGGGGCUUCAUAUGUUCCCACUGUUCAAGCGGCAUUGCCUCGUCUUUUGGGUGCUGCUGCUCCACCUGGAGCUGGUGCUCGAGAAAACCGGCGCCAGUGCCUUAAAGUUUUAAGAUUGUGGCUUGAGAGAAAGAUUAUGCCAGAAGACAUACUCCGAAAGUACAUGGGUGACAUUGAGGUGCCAAAUGAUGAUACUAGCACUACUUUAAUGUUGAAGCGACCAUCCCGUGCUGAACGUUCUGUAGACGAUCCUAUUAGGGAGAUGGAUGACAUGCUUGUUGAUGAAUAUGGAAGCAAUGCAACUUUUGAGCUUUCUGGAAUUUUAUCAUCAAAAGUGUUUGAAGAUGAUGAAGACUUCCCCCGAAAUAAUGGGUCAUCACCAUUUGUUUCACGGCCUGUUGAAAGCGAUGUCAUACGAGAAACUGAAGAGACUAUUGCUCCAGCAUCUGUUGAGGAACACAUUAUUGGAGUAGAGAAUGUAACUACUGAUGCUGCUAUGGAAGAUGCUUUAGAGAUACUAGGUAACAUCCAACAGACUGAUGGAGCUGUCCUUAUUGAACAUGACUCUAGUCAAGAUCCAGGUUCAGAGCAGGCAUUAAUUGACCAGAAUGAGCUUCCCCCUCUACCCGAUGGCCCUCCACCGCUUCCAUCAGAUUCACCACCUCCUCCACCUCCUUUGCCUCCUUCGCCACCACCUGCUACACCACCGCCGCCACCACCUCCACUUUCUCCAGCUUCACCACCUCCGCCCCCACCUCCCCCACUGCCAUCUGGACCACCUCCUCAGCCUGCUCCACCACCUCCUCAGCCUGCUCCACCACCUCUGCCAACCCAGGCCCCACCUCUUCCUUCUAUUCCGCCGCCUGUUCCUUCAUCUCCGUCAUCAUUGGGUUAUCAGCCUCCAGCUCCAGAGUACUUCAUGACGCCCAAUGGUAAUCAAUUGACCCAGAUGACAGGAAAUACAUCAAUUCAAGCUAUUGGAAAUACAACAACUUUCAUUCCUGGUGGACCAGUUAAUGGGCAAGCUGCGGUUAAUUUUGUUACUUCAAUGCCGGCAAACAAUAACGUAUUUAUGGCACCACAAACUUCUAAUGGUAAUUACCAGUUUCGGCCCACUGGUGUACCUUUUCAGCAAGGGAAUUUCAGUGCCUUUCCAUCUGCACAAACGCCUCUAGUUCAUCCCCACUCUCGUAUGGCACACAUGAAUCCCAUGGGCCAACAAGCUGUACCACCUCCGCGCAAUCCUUAUGCCGUGCAGUCCUUUCCAAACAGUCAGAGCCAUUAUCCACCUGAAGAACAUAAUUGGCUAGCAGGUGGCAGAGCAUUAUCUUGCUCAGAAGGGCCAUUCAUGCAGGAUGGAUAUUCAAGAUCGAACAUUGACAGAUCUUCAAUGAAUCCUAUGAAUCAUCAACAUACUGUUCUGAAUCAUUUGCCGUCUGGAGCACCACUACCAGGCCAUGUUCCUCAGAUGCUACCAGCCAGGUCUGAUAUCCACACUCUUAAUUGCUGGAGGCCUUCUUGAUAGAGUUGUAAACUGAACCUCUUAUUCGGUUUUAACGUGGAAAUCUCAGGGCAUGGGAGGCAAUUUGAAUUGAGUGCAACAGUUGGUGGCUUUGUUAGUCUGUGAUGGAGAUGCACUUGCCUGGGUGUAAUGAUGAGAUCUGCCAUAGUAUAUGGAAUGGACAUUUUACAAUGUAACUAGUCUUGACAACAGCAUCCAGCAGACUAAUCUCUCUUAGUGUCUGAAGAACGAUAGUCAAACGAUGACGGGUUUUGAUUUGUGAUGUGAAUAUUGGGAUUUGGGUGGAGUUGAGGGGAGCUGGAGCAGCUAAAGCCUUGGUUUGAAGAGGUAAAAUGUAGAAUUGUAUGUAGGAAAAAAAAUGUACAGUUGCUAACACAAUGUGCUGUAGUCCCUUGGCACAAGCUGGGGAGGACUAAUGGAGCUUCUGGUACAAUUUUACGCAAUUUCAUGGAAGGCUUACAGAUGGGUUAGUUAGGCAUGUAGUGUGAUACAAUUAUCGUUUCUGUUCACCCGAGCCAUUUUUUUUGAAGAGAAAUCAAUGUGACGAGCAGCUAAGUGGUGAUGUUACCCUUAUAUAUCUGUGUAUGUGCGGUGUGUAACUGGGUGA